GCCCACCAACGUCUCCGCCCCAAUCAGCGUCCUGAACCCGUGCUUGUGGGCUGAAGCCUGACGCGCAGCAGGAUCUGUGGCUGUGGCCCCUUCGGUGGGAGCUUCUCUGCAGCCAUGGGGAGAGGCCGGAUCACGGAGCUGACAGUCAGCGACGUCCGGUUCCCCACCUCUCUGGCCCACCAUGGCUCAGAUGCUAUGCAUCCUGACCCAGAUUAUUCAGCAGCCUAUGUUGUGAUAGAAACAGAUGCGGCUGAUGGACUGAAAGGUUACGGUUUAACAUUUACACUGGGUAAAGGCACUGAAGUGGUUGUCUGUGCGGUCAAAGCACUUUCCGUCCAUGUAGUUAAUAAAGACUUGGAUGAAAUCAUCAGUAAUUUCCGAGGGUUCUACAGGCAACUUACCAGUGAUGGCCAACUCCGAUGGAUUGGUCCAGAGAAAGGGGCUGUGCAUUUGGCCACAGCUGCCAUUCUGAAUGCUGUGUGGGACUUGUGGGCUAAACAGGAAGGAAAGCCUCUCUGGAAGUUGCUGGUUGACAUGGAUCCGAAACAAUUGUUGUCUUGCAUAGAUUUCAGAUAUAUUACUGAUGCACUGACAGAAGAAGAAGCUUAUACAAUACUUCAGAAUGGCCUGGUGGGGAAAAAAGAAAGAGAAGAGCAAAUGCUUGAACAUGGCUACCCAGCUUAUACCACAUCGUGUGCCUGGCUUGGCUAUCCAGAUCAGCAACUAAAACAGCUGUGUACUGAAGCUCUGAAGGAUGGCUGGACCAGGUUCAAAGUGAAAGUAGGAGCAGAUCUCCAAGAUGACAUUCGGAGGUGCAAACUUGUCAGAGAAAUGAUUGGACCUGAAAAUAUACUGAUGCUGGAUGCUAACCAACGUUGGGAAGUGGAAGAAGCCAUAGAGUGGGUUGCUAAACUGGCUGAAUUCCGACCACUAUGGAUCGAGGAACCAACUUCCCCUGAUGAUGUUCUUGGGCAUGCAACCAUUUCUAAGGCUUUGGCCCCACUAGGAAUUGGUGUUGCAACAGGAGAACAAUGCCACAACAGAGUGAUAUUUAAGCAGCUUCUCCAAGCUCAGGCCUUGAGCUUUGUCCAGGUGGAUAGCUGCAGGCUGGGAAGCGUCAAUGAAAACUUGUCUGUGUUGUUGAUGGCCAAGAAGUUUCAAAUUCCUGUUUGUCCUCAUGCUGGAGGAGUUGGGCUUUGCGAAUUGGUGCAACACUUGAUAAUAUUUGACUACAUUUCAGUGUCUGGUAGCCUUGAGAAUAGAAUGUGUGAAUACGUAGACCAUCUACAUGAACAUUUCAAGAAUCCUGUCGUAAUCAUGAAUGCAUCCUAUAUACCACCCCAGGCAGCUGGAUAUUCCACUGAAAUGAAAGAAGACUCGGUAAGGAAAUACCAGUUUCCACAAGGAGAAGUCUGGCAGGAACUGCUUUCUGAUCAUAACAUACAGCUGAAAUAAACUGUGGAACUUUUGAGGCUGGAGAUUGAAUGCCCCAGAGCUAUUUCUGCAACGGCAAAUGGUUGUUUUUGCUGAACUGCACAAAGAUUUCAGAUUCAAAUGACUGCUUUUAUACAAGCUGGAGAAAACUUUCUAAAAGCAAAAUAGAUUGCAGUCCUAAUUAUAGAAUUUUUUAUCAGUUUUGGAAAAGGACCCUUUUAAUACUUAAGCUUAAAAGGUUCAUGAGUCAUCCAUCUUUCCUGGAGUUAUUCCAAAAACUACAGGAUUAUAUAAUGAAGGAUCUUAUUUUUGAUUGUGCCUGGUUCCUGUGUUGGAAAGCUUCAAAUAAACUAGGUAUAUAACCA